AUGUGGGAAACUUUUGUCAGCGAUCGACUGGCAGUCGCUCAAGAUGGCGAAACCAGUCUAUCGGUUUUAUCGGAUGAGGAUAAGGCGGAAGUCGAUCUUCGUUCCGUAUACGUCGGCAAUGUUGAUUACGGUGCAACAGCAGAUGAGCUGGAAGCUCACUUCCGUGCAUGUGGGCCCAUAAACCGUGUAACCAUUCUGUGUAACAAGUACACCGGCCAGCCUAAAGGCUUUGCCUACAUCGAAUUCGAUACCCGCGAUGCAGUAGAAGCGGCAAUGGCCCUGGAUGAGUCUAACUUUCGAAACAGGGCUCUUAAAGUCCUUCCGAAGCGUACCAACGUUCCGGGAAUGUCCAUGACGAACCGACCACCAUACAUGAGAGGUGGCCGUGGUCGCGGACGCGGGAUGCCGUUCGGGUUACGUCCGGCCUACUACGGUGGUGGCAGAAUGCGUUUCCCUCGGUCUCGUUCCUUCACGGUAUUUGCACCCACCAUUCUCCCUACCACCCCGUCCGACACUGGUAUUCUGGCAUGUUUGUGCGGGUCACUGACCUACUUGCUCGACCGCGUUCGCGCUCCUUCUGCUGGACCUGCUCCGACUUGUCCUGUCGUGACGCCAAUGUGA